CAUCUACGCCUACUCAUCCAAAAAUUAUGGUCUUAGUGUCGUGAAGAGAGUUUUCAGCAUUUUUUGCAUAAUGAAAGAGGAGGAUACUGAUCACAAAUAUCUAAGAGUUUGACUGUCAAGGCCGGUUAGGAAGAAAAUACCCGUUCUUUUUGUUCGUGACCUAACUAUGAUGACAGUUCGAUGACAGUGCAAUGACUGGGCGACAAACGUUUGAAAACAAGUUAAUUUUUUUUGUAUGAUUAUUAAUAAGAAAGUUAGGUUUAAACCCUGGUGGCUGCGCUGGGUGCUGUUUGGACGAAAUCUCUUUCUUAUAACACCCAGAAUAAUGGUGACAACCAAUCUAACGGGAGAUGGAACUCAGACAUUUAUAGAACUGCUAUGCUCUCCCUCCCUGGUUGGUAAACUUCAACUGCAAUUGAUUUCUUUUUUAGCCGCAGUCAAUAUCCUCCUCUCCAUUACAGCAUUUCUUGGGAAUUCUCUCAUCCUUGUUGCGCUUCACAAGGAAUCUUCCCUUCAUCCACCUUCCAAACUCUUGUACCGUUGUCUGGCAACAACUGAUCUGUUGGUUGGUCUUGUUAGCCAGCCUCUCUGGGCUAUCUAUUUGCUGUCCUUAGUUCACGAACACUGGAGUCUUUGUCGAUACGCCAGAGACGCGGGUUUCUUCACAGUCAAUCUAUUAUGUUCAAUGUCUUUGUGCACGAUGACGACCAUCAGCGUGGACAGAGUUCUGGCCCUUAUUUUGGGGCUGAGAUACAGGCAAACUGUAAAUUUAAGACGCACAUUUAUCACUGUAGCUUACAUGUGGAUUCUAUGUCUUGCCGCUACUUUGUGCCUUAUUUUUUAUUACCGUAUAACCAUUUGGUAUAGCUUAAUAGGCAUACCGUCUUGCCUGGUUGUUUCUGUUGCUUCGUACACAUAUAUUUUCUGCACUCUCAAUCAACAUCACGCUCAAGUACAGGAUCAUGUUCAGCAACAGCCAAGCCAACCAAAUGUAUUGAACAUUGCGCGAUACAGAAAGGCAGUGCAUAGCGCACUGUGGGUGCAGUUGGCAUUAGUGGUUUGUUGUUUGCCAUAUGGUACAGUGAUAAUUGUUAUUACUAAGAGUAAAACAUAUUCAUCACACUUAAUCGCCAUAAGCGGAAUCGCAGGAACUUUAGUUUGCUUUAACUCAACGUUGAACCCAUUUCUUUACUGCUGGAGGAUCAGUGAAGUAAGACAAGCAGUGAAGCAGUCGAUAAGACAAAUACUUUGCUGUCCAUGGAGUUAGCCCCGAGAGAUACACUUGUCUCAAUGCUGUUAAAGAUGGCCUCGAAAGUCAAGGUUUUUAAGAGAACGCGCUUCGCAUGAGUCGUUUCAGAGGAAGUAAUUCCUGUAAUAAUACUUAAUGUUUCCAUAUGAAUAAUA